GCAGUGAGGGCGUAAUUUUCAAAGACUGGUAACCGCCUGUUGUUGUCUUGGUGCUGGAGAAACGUCUCGUCAGCGGAGGUGAUAUAAGCAACGAAAAUGGAUAACCUUGACUUUUCGGAGGAAGAAAUAGAGCAGCAGUUGGCUGCUCUUGGGUACACAAACAUAUCCAAAGAAAGACUGCUUGAAUUUAAACGAGACCUUGACUUGCUGAUAUCUCAUGAAAAGUCGAAGAGCCAGACUUCAGCUGAAUGGAGUUCUCCCAAAUCUCAGAGCUGUGUGAGCAAGAGUCCACCUGUGAUCACUAAAGAAAAGGUCCGGGUACACAGUGUUGGUUCAAGUUUCUGCAACAUGUACUCUCACAAUGGUGCUGCAGAUCAGCAAAGACCGGUUUUGACCUCAACUUUUCAUGAAGACAGCCAUGAGAUUGUCAUGAAUCCAGGGCCCUAUGACUCUUACAUAGAGCACUCAAUGGCUCCCAGAUACAUCAGACCUUCUACAGCUCCAAACAGACUUGAAGUGGAGGAAGCAUCUUCUGAAAUUUACCAUUCAGUGCUGGAUUCCAGUCGGACUGUCAGCCCUGACAGAGAACUUCAUACAAAUGUAAAGCCAUCUAUGAAAAGAAAAGUACUUAGGAAGCAUAGGGGCCAGUCUCAAGUGUGCGAUGAGUCUACAUACAGUGAAGACUCUGAUCCCAUAAGUGAGCUGGAACAGCGUUUAGACCAUCUGAGGGUUUCUGCUUCACAUGAGCGCCGUGAAUUAGACUCUGAGAGUGAGGAGACGGGUAGCUACAGUGACAGACGCAGCUCAACAACAGAAGAACUCCCCAGUGCCUUUCAGGCCUACAUCAAGGGCAUGAUGAGAUCACGGAGUGAGAGUGACAUCAGACCUCGGCCCAAAUCCUUUAUUCGUCCAGUCAUGGAUCACCCACACACAAGAAACUUGAAAAAAACAGAUCCUGUUGCAAAGUAUUUCCAGUACAAGCAAAACUGGGAGAUGUUUAAGCCUCCUGGAGAAAAAAGCAGGAAAGAGCUACACUGGGCCAUAAGGGAACAACUUGCGUAUCAGCCUCCACCAGUGAAGCCUCAGAGAACAUAUGUGCCCAACACCUAUGUGGUGCCUACAGAAAAGAAACGUUCUGCCUUAAGAUGGGAGAUUCGACAUGACUUGGCAAAUGGCAUCAUUCCAACUAAAAUCACCUACCCCUGACAUGACUCUGCGAAUGCCUAUUUUGUGGUUGUUGUAGUAAUGUUUUAUUUAUUUAUGUGUAAUUUCUUUCUGUGAACGGCGUGCUUUGAAAUAAAUGGCAGACCACUGA